GGAGGGUGUGUCCGCUGAAGGUUCUGAUUUCGCUUUUGAUUUCGGGGACGUGGCCCCCCCUCUCAUUCGUCUGUGGAAGCUCAAGCACUAUUGUUGAUCAAGAUGACACCUGUCUGCCCUUUUGUCAAAGCUGCUUGUCCUGAUGAUGCCACUUCAAGGAAACCUAAUGAAUGCCCACAUAAGCACCAGUUGGAGCUUGAAGGCAAGGGCAAAAAGGAUUCUGGUGAUUCUGCCAGCACCAAAAAGGAUUCUGUUGAUGCUGCCAGCAUUUCACCAAAGUGUCCCUUUGGAUAUGAUUCUCAAACUUUUAAGCUGGGUCCUCUUAGCUGUAUGAUAUGCCAAGCGCUUCUCUUUGAAAGCAGCAAAUGCGUGCCUUGUUCCCAUGUAUAUUGCAAGGCAUGUAUAUCACGUUAUAAAGAUUGCCCAUUAUGUGGAGCUGACGUUGAGAAGAUUGAAGCUGAUAUGAAUCUUCAGAGUACAGUUGAUCGCUUUAUUGAAGGUCAUGGUAGAAUAAAGAGGCCUCAUGUUAAUACAGACUCAGAGGAAGUAGUGGGUGAUAAUAAAACAGUGAUAUAUGAGGAUGUGUCUUUGGAGAGAGGUGCAUUCUUGGUGCAACAUGCGAUGAGGGCAUUUCGUGCUAAUAAUGUUGAAAGUGCAAAAUCAAGGUUUAGUAUAUGUGCAGAAGAUAUCCGUGGUCAGUUGGAAAAACUGGGCAACACAUCUGAAUUGUGUUCACAACUAGGAGCAGUUCUAGUCGAGCAACAGGAGAUGCUGAUUCAGUAGUCACAUAUUUUGAAG